AUGGAGCUGUCUAGUGCUGCGGGCGCCUUGCGCACACUCAAGAACCGGCCAAAAGUCCCUCAAAGCGCUGUGGACACGGCGCAAGCUAUUUUGCACAUUCUACUUCCUUCAGAUCCAGUCUCCGUGUGCACUGACGAAGCAACGCGCCGUGAGGGACUGCAGCAGGAACUACAGACUCUACUUUUGUAUGGUCGCGAGCGCUGGGAACCGCUUGCUGUGUUUUUUGUCGUCGUGCGGGACAUUUUGGGUCGGUCCGUCGACAUUUGUCCGAAUCCGGAUAAACCUGUCGACGAGGUUUUUUUCGGUCAAUGUCUAAAAUUAGAGACUCCGCACGUUGUGUCCACGACUUUAUCGGAGACUUUCGUGACGCAAACAAUCAAGCACGCGGUGCAUCAAUACUUGGAGUACUAUGAGCCGCGAGUUCGCAUGGCAAUUGCCACUUUGCUCGGUGUUUUAGCCAAGUGGGACCUCGCGUGGGUCUCGCACACGUUUUUGCCGCAACUCGUGGACUCGAUCGAGGCAAACCUCAGUCGUUCACCUGACUUUGAAGAAACCGGAUUUGACGAAUUGGACGAUAAUGUCAGUACGAAUGGUAUGAUGACACCACCACAGAGUCCAGAGAGUACACCACGCACACCCUCAACACCCUAUAGACUGGAUGAUGUGAGUGGAUGGAAAGCACUUGAAAGUUCAUUGUGUGCACUCAAGUACAUUAUUAAAGCAAGUGGCCAAGCGUUCCUGGAAAAAGACAAGACACAAGUCGGAGACGAGGGGCACGAGUUUGUCUAUUUGACGCCGUCGCUCGUGACUCUUGUGGCAACCAAAAGCUGCUUUCAUAUAAAUCGCCAUGUGAGAGUUGUAGGGCUCGACACGAUUACGGUACUAGCAGACAUUGCGCCUAUGGGGUUCUUUGACAUACACCACUCGACUGUGGGUGAUAUCUUGAUCAAGUGCAUUAAGCGCGGCAUGGAGGACAAUUGGUGCCAAGUGCGCUAUGCUGCCUCGAUUGCGACACGCUCUUUUUUACUGAAGUUGCAGGAGCAGGGGCGUAAAGCAUGUUUGCCUAUUUUGCUGCCUAGAAUGUGUUUAAAUCGGUACUAUAUUGCAGAGCGCGUGCAAAAAUACUCUCAAGAAUCUUGGAAAAUGAUUGUGGGCAACCGGGGCCGCGAAUUGGUGGCCACAUACGCCAAUGAGAUAGUCGACUACUACGUGGAAAUGACGAAUCACUGUGUCCGCGAAUCGGCGUGCCAGUGCAUUGCCGAACUCGGGAUGAAAGUUGAUCCGACAGCGAUUCGUCCGCACCUUGGCCGUCUCAUGCAGGCUCUUCUCAUUUGUUUCUACGAUGUAUCAAAUCUGAUCCGCGAUGCGGCGUGUUUGGCGUCAGCGCAGCUGGUGCUUGGUUUUCCUGACGAGUGCCGUCCGUUUUUGGAUGAUUUGUAUCAUCUAUGGAUUGACCACCUCUCGGACGACAUUUGGUCCGUGCGUGAAGACGCAGCCAUUGCUCUGGGUAAUGUGAUUCGCGCAUAUGGCCAAGAAGCACUAGAUCGCGUGACUACUGUCACGGUAGAGUACUUGUUGCUUGCAAAGAAGCAGCCAGCGAUGACACAACACGAGUACGAUGAACUUAUGCGUUCUGAGAAGAAGCACCUUAGCAAGCAGGCUUUCUCGUGCUGUUCGCUGGAGCCCAAACUUUUUGAACGUCACGAGCACCGCGAGAAAGAGCCGUGGGAGCAUGCCGACGGUGCAAUCUACAUGGUGCGCGAGCUCUGUAACGUAGCUCCUGACGUCGCUGUGAAAUUUCUUCCACAGGUUGCGGACAUAGCGAUCCUUCGCCACUUUCCUCAGACCGCCGUCUUGCAAGGAACCAUUUGGAAACAGCUUCCGUCCAUGUGCGAGGCGCUGGGCAAGAAGGUGUUCAAACGCUACCUUGAGCUAUUUCUAGACCCGUUGGUCUUUACGCUUCAAGGAACGAAUCAUCUCGCUAAGUUUGCUGCCCGUGACUGUGUCGUACAGAUUAGCAAGCAAAUCGGCCCCAGCAUUUUUCUGGGCCGCCUGGACGCAAACCCUGUUUGGAAGGAGGUUUUGGGUCCUGUUGUACAUGUGUCGCCGUACAUGAUGAAGUAG